GAAUGCAUUGUUGCGUCGACUCAAAGGGAAUGUGCGGUAAAUGAAUGACUGAAUGACACAAACAAUGGAUUGUCUCUCAAUUGACGUCUGAUUGAAGACAUUCAGUGAUCACUCAACACAACCGCCGAAGACAUCGAUGGCUCAGGAGUUUGUGGUCUUGAAGUGCUGUUCGUGUCAUACCUAUCAGGUGUGUCAGUCAAAGAAGGCCACCAAAUGGUUGUGCAAAGUAUGCAAUCAUAAGCAGUCCAUCAAACAGUUCUUCGGCAGCGGUUCCGCCAAAGACUGUCGACUCGUUGUCCAAACGCUGAAUCAGAGGGAACGCACUCAAGAGGCGGAACAGCGGCUGGUGAUCGGCGCCCACGCGGCGACCGAUGACACCGACAACAACCCGCACAUGGAUUACCAGAUUUUGGACUAUUUGUACGCCACGGAUGACAGCGGUUCCAACGAUUGCAUCGAUGAUGACGUGUCGAUCGCUAAGAAGCAGAAGCUGUCGGCCGCGGAGUCCAACACUCGUUUAGAUUCGGCGCCCGUUUUCUGGAGUAAUUCAAACCAAUUGUUGAGUUGUCGAGGAAUCAGGAAAUGGGGACAAUCGGUGGUCAAGUGAUGGACACUUCCAGACAUCGCUCACUCUUCUGUAUAUCGCUCUCUUNUUUCUUUCUCUCUCUCUUUGUCGAUAAUUUCAUAGUUUGAAUCCAUUAUCAGAUUUAA